CCGCAAUCAUCGUCCUUCACUUAAAAAACUUAAAGAAACGAGAAACUAUUAAACUUACCGUUAUCCUUAUUAAACAGUAGCAUAAGAAUCUUUCUUGCUAACCUUUUUUAUACAUUUGUUGUUGAUUCAAAAAACCCUAUAAGGCUAUGGCUAGGAAACAUGUCAAGGAAAUGUUUGAAAUCUGUCCAAAUGUGUAGUUUUUUAUUAUUUAAGCUCUAUUCCCAUCUUCCAUUGCUAGUGCUAUUUUUGUCUUAGUUUGUGGACAAGUUUACAAUGGACUUGAGGUGAAUACUACCAUUAAAAAUAAAACAACAACUUACUCUUUUGCACAAUGGCUUCAAUAAAGAGAUCUUGGAAAUUCCAAGAUUUCAUGGCUCACAAUGCAAACGUCAACUGUUUAGCACUAGGACACAAAUCUGGCAGAGUCUUGGUCACCGGAGGCGACGAUAAGAAAGUAAACUUGUGGGCGGUAGGUAAGCAGAGUUGUUUUAUGAGCCUGAGUGGACAUACGACAGCUGUAGAUUGUGUCCAAUUUAAUCAACUGGAAGAACUAGUAUGUGCAGGAUCGAGAGCUGGAGCUUUAAAGGUAUGGGAUUUAGAAGCAGCAAAAUUAGUACGCACCUUAAAUGGACACAAAUAUGCCAUAAAAUGUAUAGAUUUUCAUCCGUAUGGAGAUUUUUUGGUAUCUGGGAGUGCGGAUAGCAGUAUUAAAAUGUGGGAUACUAGAAAGAAAGGAGUGUUGUUUACAUAUAAUGGCCACAAAGGUACAGUUAAUAGUGUAAAAUUCAGUCCGGAUGGCCAAUGGGUGGCUACAGGAGGAGAAGAUUCGUCAGUCAAAAUUUGGGAUCUACGAGUCAAUAGGGUAUUAAAAGAAUUUAAAGAUCACAUCAAUCCCGUCUCCUGUGUGGAAUUCCAUCCUCAUGAAUUCUUACUAGCCAGUGGUAGCAUAGAUAGAUCAGUUAAUUUCUUCGAUUUGGAAAACUUUAAUGUAGUAUCAACUGAAAGUGAUGUAGGGGCAGUAAGGUGUUUGUGUUUCAACACGGAUGGUGAAUGUCUUUUUACAGGAAGUAGAGAUUACUUGAAAAUUGUAGGAUGGGAGCCAAAUAGACUCUAUGAUUCAGUGCCGGUGUAUUGGGGACGAGUAUCCGAUAUUUCCGUAGCUUCUAAUCAAUUGAUUGGUGCCUCUUUUCAUCUCACGAACGUCCAAGUCUAUGUAGUCGAUCUAAAAAAAUGCAAACCGUUCUCAUCUUCUUCAGUAUUAGACUCGCAUGUGAGUCCUUUUCUGCCUAACCAGAAUAUUAGGAAAAGUUUUUCGAAAGCCGAAAGGCCGCCAAGUCUGAAAAGUAGGAUGUUAGAUGUGAAGACAAUAGAAGAAAGUACGUCCGGUACUGAUCCGGAAGAAGAGUGUUCCGCGGAUAUUACUAAUGUUAAGGAUUACAACGAAAUAUUUCGAGGGAGAGCUAUACAAAGGACGCCGCCCCCAGAACCAGAACCUUUUCAAGAGCCUGAAAAGGACGAUCUUUUAGAGCCUCAAAUAUUGGGCGACAUCAUCAGCGACAAUUUCGAAGCUCUCUCAUUAGACAAUGAUAUUAAUAAUUACAAAAAUUCCACUAUUCAGAUCAAUACCAUCAACCACUAUUCCAGAUCUAAAUCGAAUUUGGACCAGGUUUACGAAAAUCGACAACAGAGAGACAAUAGAGAAAAUAUUCUGCCCAAUAUAAACAAGACAAAACCUGCACCGAAGUUCGUCCUUCAAAGGCAAAGUAGCUGUAAAGAUGUUCCUGAAAAACCCCCAAAAUCUUCUAGUAUUAAACAUAGUGUAUCCGAAGCCAAUAUUAAUAAAGGUUCCCUUUCUUCGAGAACCUCAUCGCGCAAAAACUCGUUCUCAAAACCCAGUAGUCGCAAUUCCACAAGUGUUCCUAACGUCUCAAAGUUGCCAAGUGCCAGAAAAUCAACUACCCUCCCAAAUGUCGACAUCUACGUCAAUUCGUCGAGGAUAUCGCCCGAAGAACACUCCAUACAAGACGAUGAUUUUAUUCCGGUGUCCAUUGAUAGGCCAGUGGGAUUGGAUCUAGACGAUUUUUUACCAAAAAAUUACAAUUCUCCCGGUUUCCAACAACAACUGCCGGAUAUGUCAGAAGCUGAAGUUCUAGGUGUCAUAAUGAGAGGUCAUGACCCUAUAAGGGAUAUUUUAAAUACUCGACAACGCAGUCUUAAAUUAGUACUUAAUCAAUAUAGGAGCAAAGAUAUGAAAUCAGCUGUUGAGUCUGCAGUGGCCAUGGGAGAUAUUUCCGUUCUGGUAGACGUUUUAGGUGUCAUUAAUACCAAAUAUUCAUUAUGGAAUUUGGAUUUAUGUGUUAUGGUUUUACCAAAAAUUUUGGAAUUAUUACAAAGCAAAUAUGAAUCAUAUCUAACGAUAGGUUGUAGUACUCUAAAAUUCAUCCUGCGUCAUUUCGGCGACACAAUCCGGAACAACGUACAAUCUCCCGUAGGAAGCUUCGGCGUGGACAUAAGCAGGGAAGAACGGUACCAAAAAUCGUUACGUUGUCACGAAUUUUUGGGCCAAAUACGAUCCUUCGUUGUGAAAAAACAGACUCUGCCGGGAAUAGGUACGUCUUUUAAAGAAAUCCAUACGAUGAUGCAGAAUUUUUUAGACUGACGGCCGCCCAAAAAUGCCUUACGUAGAUUUAAAAACUCUAGUGUGUGAAUAAAAACUGUUGAACAAUUUAUUAAUAAUUGAAGGAGUGAAAGUGUGUGAAUUUCGUCGAAAUGUGAAUUACUCAAAAAUCUCGCCAUUUUCGCAAUUUUUGACAUGGAUUUUUUCUUUAGAUCCUUAAAAAUAUACAGUGUGACAAUUUAAAAACUUACAA